CUUGGUCAACUUCGACAAACAGAACUAGAAGUGAAAAUCAAACAUUCUCCUCCGCUCUACCCAGUAGCUUUUGGCAACAGCAAAAGUUGCGUUACCAACUCGAGUUCGCCCGCCUACUGGCAGAUCUUACCGAGGCCACCGCUUCUCUACUUUUUACAGUUGGUGACGAACGCUUGUGCUUGUCUGGGCGAUGCUACUCGAACAAAGGAAGAUCAGUUAGGGAAGUCAAACGAAUCAGGGGUGAAUUCUAGAAUUGAGAUUAACGAAGAAUGCCCCAGCGUAAUGGUCAAGCGCGUGCUUUCGAUCACGCGGGCACUCUUCAUAGUUGACUGGCUGACUAACAGAUAUCCAGCUGCUCGCACCUCCCUGGAAAAUAAGCAGCGAGUCGACGUGGUAUGCUGGCUACUGCCCGCUCUACUACACCAGCUUGUUAGUCAAUUUGAGUCAAAUGAGGCUCGUUUUUGUCUGGAAACCAUCAUGAGUCAGUUAUGCGAGAGUCUCUUUAAUAAGGCAAGUGGGCUUGGUUACGAAGACUGGAUCAGGUUAGAUAAAAAAGCACUAAACUAUGAGGAUAAAAAUGUACAGAUCUAA